AUGGAAGACGGGUAUAAUCCCAAAGUGGAGGCUAUUCGCAUGAACGAGUAUCCUCACAUGAACAAUGGAGUAUACCUCGAUCAUAGCGGGGCCACCAUCUACGCCAAAUCUGCCAUCGAAUCAUUCUCCAGAAAGAUGAUCACAAACCUUUACGGUAACCCACAUUCAGAAAAUUUACCCGCCCAGGCAUCUGGAAAUGUUGUUGAUGAGGUCAGAGAGAAAACAUUGCGGUUUCUUGGCGCAGAUCCAGUACAUUUCGACCUAGUCUUCGUAACGAAUGCCACGGCUGGAAUCAAGCUUGUCGCCGAAUCAUUCCGAGAUCUGGCAGAGAAAUCGCGAGCACGUCGAUUCUGGUACGGAUACCAUAAAGAUGCCCAUACAAGUCUCGUAGGAAUAAGGGAGUACACACAUGGCCAGCACUAUUGCUUCGAGGAUGAUUCCGAGGUCGAGGCAUGGAUCGAUUCGCCAACUUCGAUGUUCGUCAACCGCAAUGAUCUCUCUGGACUAGGGCUUUUCGCAUAUCCCGGGCAGUCCAAUAUGUCGGGACGUAGACUGCCUUUAUCAUGGUCCGGUGGUUUACGAAGGUCAGAACACCUCCACAACACAUACACACUUCUCGACGCAGCGGCAUUGGCUAUGACGAGUCCGAUGGAGUCUGUCUUUCAUGACUUGGACGAUGCACCCGAUUUCACGUGUCUAUCAUUGUACAAAAUAUUUGGAUUUCCUGACCUGGGUGCCCUCGUAGUACGAAAGGCAUCAGGCCACAUUUUGGCUCUAAGAAAGUAUUUCGGGGGCGGUACGGUGUCGAUGGUAAGUACGAUGGGUGGCGAAAGUUGGCAUCGGUCAAAAGCCCUACAGGCUCCGACGUACAGACUUCACGAGGGACUUGAAGAUGGCACGUUGCCAUUUCAUAGCAUAUUAGCCCUUGGAGAGGCUAUAGAUGUGCAUCAGAGGCUUUACGGAUCUAUGGACAGCAUUUCGGCGCACACGUCAUGCCUUAUAAGUCGCCUAUUUCGUGGCCUUGUGUCGCUUCGUCACGACAAUGGCCGUGCUGUCUGUCGAGUAUACACCGAGAACGGGAACGCAUUCGGGGACUCUACAAAGCAAGGAUCCGUCGUUGCUUUUAACGUGAGGAAAGCUGAUGGGCAGUAUCUACCAUACUCAGACGUCGAGCGGUUGGCAAAUGCUGCUGGAAUAUACAUCAGAUCGGGUGGUGUCUGCAACCCGGGUGGCAUCUUCUCGGCCUUGGGUUAUGAGCCCUGGAUGACAGAGCGUGCUAUGUCCGCCGGGCAUCACUGCGGCUCGCACGGCAUCGCUGUUAUCCACAGACUACCGACUGGGAUCGUGCGGGCCAGCGUUGGAGCCAUGACAACAAAGCGGGAAGUCGACAUGUUCUUGGGGUUUAUGCGAACCACAUUUGUCGAGCGCGACGAGCUUUCUUGGGCAGACUCGCCGCAGGAUACUCUGUGCUCAGUCGUCAGCGAGAGCACGGCCCUCUUCGACCUACCUGACCAUUAUACACAUAUCCCGUUUCCAGACGUCCGCGAGCUGCCUAGACCUCGUCCAACAUUCUCUGACCCAACAGUCCCACGAUCACGAUCAUCUCCGUUCCCGAAAUUAUGUCGCAGCCUGGAGAUCGCAUGA